GAAGUUUCAUCAAGUAGUUCAAAAGAGUUUUACAGAGUUGAAAGCAAUGGCCAACUAUAGACUUUCACCAAAGUAUGAACUUCCCAAUGUGGGUGGGAGCUGGGUAAAGAGAGUAGAGUUGGACCAGCACCUCCAGCACCUGUAUUGUUGCUCAGACACAGAUCUCCAUGCCUAUGACCUGCAGGGAAACCUGCUGUUCCAGUUCAACAAUGCUCAUUCCAUGUCCAUAACAGGGUGUGCAUUUUCCCUGCACUCUCGGCUGCUCAUCACUUGCUCAAUGGAUACAGAGGUUAAAGUAUGGAGCAUUACUGGUGGCCUGGUGCACACAUUCAGAGGUCACUCCAAAGCGGUCACCAACCUGGUGCUCCACCCAGAGACGUCCUCCAUUGUCAUUACGUCCUCACUGGACGGCAGUGUCCGGCAGUGGUCACUGGACACUAUGGACAUGUUGUACAGUGUUGUGAUUUCCUCUGAUGGAGUGCUGUGGAUGGGUAUUACGGAGGAUAAAAGCCUGUAUGCCAGCACAGUAAGGAACAUUACAGUGUGGAAUCUCAACUAUGUGUGUCAGUUCUGGGGUCUAACCAGAAGUAAGCUGAUGUCUCUGCAGCUUUACCCCAGUGAGAAGAAAUCUGCAAGGGUGGUUGCUGAAGGAGACGACAGCAGCAUCCGUAUCUUCAACCGAGCCAGUAGGAAGAAUCUGUCCAUAGUAUUGCCACCUCCACCAAUCUCCCCUCUACAACAUAUCAAACAUAUGACCUACUGCAGGGAAAUUAAUGUCAUGUAUGUCCUCAUCAAUGCAAAGGAACUGUGGCUGUAUACAACAAGAACUGACCCUGCCUGCAGGAUGGCUGUGUGGGAUGUCCAUGACAUACAGGAGUCUCUGCUGUUGGGAAAUGAACCUGAGGAGGAGGGCGAAGAAGAGGAGGAGGCAGAAAAGGAGAAGGCAAAAGGAGAGAAGAAGAAAAAAGGAAAGGGAGGAAAAGAAGAGAAGGAGGAAGUUGAAAAGAAAGCUCAAGAGGCUGCUACUGCAAAGAAAUUGCGUAAAAAUCUCACCAAGAAUGUCCCCAACCACCGCGCCACAGAGCAUGGUGUGGGAACAGAAACCAUCACAGAUGUGAACUGUGUCUGUGCCCUUGACUCCAUAGCCAUCAUGUGGUCUGAGGAUGGGAUGGUCUGUCCUCUCACACAGCAGUAUCUACUGAUGGGACUGGAGGAUGGAAGAAUUCUCUUCAUGGAUCCCAUGGUGAAAGCCAAGAAAUAUUUCCAGUUUAGGGCAAAUAAAGAUCCAAUUGUAGAUAUCAAGCAGAACCUUGCUCACAACACCUUCCUGACCCGGUGCUCCCAGAAAGGUGCUGAUACAAUCCAGAUCUGGUCCCUGCCAGACCUGGUGCUACAGUAUGAGGUCUUCUGUGCCCCUCAAAUCACAACAUAUGCCAGACUGACCCACACCCUGCUGUGUGGCUACAGUGAUGGAGUGCUGGAGUUUAAUGAGUUGGUGCCCAUGGAGGACCCGGGACCCCUCCGAGCCAGUGGCUACCUUGCGAAGGGUACAAAAGGAGUGAUUGCCAAGCCUGAGGAUCUUGUGGCUGAUAUGACACAUAAAAGAUGUAACACAGAACACAAGGAGGCCAUUGUGGCUAUAGAUGCUUGUACAGCUAAGUCUCUCUUCUGCAGCAUAAGCUCUGAUGGAGCUAUUAAACUGUGGGAAGAACUUGGGUAUGCAUUGCUAAUGGAGAUCAUGUUGAAUGAUACCUUAUGUGGGGGGUGCUUUUUGAACAACAAGGGGGACCUGCUGCUGGGAUUUCAGAACCAUUUGUUCAGCAUUGAACUAAGCACAGUGUACCCUGGUUUAAGAUCUGGGGAGGAUGAGGAUGAAGACAAGGAUGAUGCAGACUCUGAUAUUUUUGAGGAUCCAUAUGUGGUGUAUGAAGGCAUCCCUAGCAAUGAGGACCUGUUAACUAUGGACAGAUAUCUGGUGCCUUUCAAGAUGAACUUCUCCAGAGAUUUCUUGGAGGGUAAUAUGAAGCAGUCAAAUGUCAAACUGGAAGGGGGACCCUUACUGAGUGACAGUGAGACAGAUAUUUCCAUGGCUCCCACUGACACCUACCUGUCCCCCCAUGACACCCCGCGGAACCUGUCUCUGCUGGACCUGACCCUGGCUGCAGAUGUCAGCAAAUAUGACCUGCUGGAGAGAGAUCUGACAGAAGUCGGGCUCCUAAGGGCUAUUCAAGACAGCCAGAGUAUAAAAUCUAGAGUCAUGACAAAGAAAGACAAACUUAGACUCAAGAUGCUGGAGAAAAGAGCAAAAAGUUUAGAGAAACCAUCACUGGGGCCAGACUCAGAUGGAGAGGCCCUGGAAGAGGAUAAUGUGAAAACUAUCAGAAAAUCAAAGAAGAAUGUCUCAAGAAGAAAGACUCGUCGCCGAGGUAUCACUGGCAUGACAAGUGAAGAGGAGGAUUGGGAGGGCCACAGAUAUGACCUGCCACACUUUGGACAGUCUCCAGGACCCACCCCCACCCCCAGCCCCCCCUCCACCCCCAACACACCAAGUCAGAUGUCUGUCUCAGAGGGAGGAGAGAGUACAGAGGAGGAGGUAGAGGUAGAGGAGAAACCUAAGGCAGUAGCAGCCCAGCCAGUGACCAAGAAGACCACAACCAAGGCCCCAGUCCAAGACAUCAUGAAACAGAAGAUAGUGGAGCCAGUGGCAGAGAAGAGGGUGGACAUGUCCAAGGUCAAGAUUGACACCAAGUCCUUAUUUGCCAAUAAAAGGGUCGUGAUGACCCAGAAAAAAGAGGCUGACCAUGGCCAUCAGAAGUCUGGAGGAUCUGUGCUGGAGUCUGAGCUAUCCAAACCAAAACGAGAAGUGGUUAAGAAGCAGAUGAAGUCUGACAGGAAGAAGCCAGUGAAGAAGUCAGUUGUUGACUCAGAUGACAGCAGUGAGGAGGAAGAGCCCCCUCCUAGGAGACCACCUGUUAAAAAGAAAGCAGCAGCAAAACCAGUCAAGAAAGCAGCUCAGCCAAAAGUUGAAGAAUCUCCAAGAGAGCCAGAGCCUGCCAAACCAGAGAAGUCUCGAGAGUUUGAGAAACACUCUGCUAAUCUGGAAGUUGGCCCUAGGAAGUUUGGUGCAGGAGCUGGAGCUGGUGCCAGUUCAUCUGGCAAAGCACCACCUCUCCCUCAGAAGAAGAAAACUCCUAUACAAUAUAAUCAGGUUGCUAAGUCAGAGUCUGGCAUUGGGGAGGAGGAGCUGACCGAGGCAGCAGUAUUAGCUGAGGAUACAAGUGCUCAACAAAAUUCUGAGGCUGGUCAGAAUGAAGCUCAAAGUCAAGUGGAUGAAGCAGAUGAUCCUGACAGGGCUAUGUCAGCUAAAUCCAGCAGGUCAAGGAAGUCUGGUUCCUCCUCAGCAAAAAGCCUAAAAUUUGGAAUUGAUGCAAGUUUAGAUUUUGAUGCAGCAGGCAGAUCUCGGUCAUUCACGGAGUCGACCGCCUUCAGAGACAGCGACUAUGAGAGUGUUCUAACCGAUGUUGAUGUGGACUUGGAACUAACCAACCAACAACAUGUUACUCACAUUUCUUUCCAAACCAAAGGAGCCCCAGACACGCCUAAUAAGCAUGACUUACACCCUGGGAGUCGCCCCAAGUCUGUGCAGUGGCACGAUGCGACAAGUGAACAGUACAAUGAGAGUGCAGCAGACAUGGAGGCACUGGAACGCUCCACUCUCACCUCCCCAGAUCCCAGCCGGCGGUCUAUCACCCCUGGAGACGGAUUUUACUCAGACACAGACUCCAUCCGUGAUGGUCAGAUGAGCAUGGACACCAUGUCCAUCCUUGACCGAGGGUCAUUGUUGCCAGUGGACAGUGUCAGUAUGAGGUCCUUUCUGCUCAGUCCAGGAGACAGACUACAGGCUGGAGCAGACGACAUGAGGUCCUCCAUUAUGACACCUGCCACUCCAACAGACACAGUCACUGACAUUACACGUCCACUGAGGCCUCACACAGCAGGAGUAUACUACAGGGACUACAGUGAACAUGGGGAUGAUGUGCAGGAUCUUGAAGCCACCUACAUGGAUGCAUUAAGGAGAUAUCAAAAUUCACCUGGUGUUGCGCCUCUGGAUAAACUGUACAGAAAUGAUGGCACCUCCUUUGAUGAUCACUGGCAGGAGAGAGCCAUAGAAAGGCACUUGCUGCUGAAGAUGCAGAGACAGCUGAGAAGUCAGAGUGCUGCAGAGAGAAGACAGCUGCUGGACCUGAGGCAGAAACAAAAGAGGAAAGCACUUUUAGGUCACCAUAAUUGUGAUCAGCCACAUUUGAAUGGUCAAAAUCGUGCGUCCAGAGAGGCUGAGGUUGCCAUGCAUCUGUUCCACGUGGAACGUGCCAACACCCCCGUGUCUACCACCAGGGGGAGUGACCGCAGUAAAAGUGCUCCUGCUGGUCAGGUGCGAGGUGGUGGUCAGCAGGUGCCCCCUACCACCCCCAAGACGGCCUUUGUCCAGCCAGUGCCACAAAUGGACAAGGCAGAACUUAGUGCUGAGAGACCGUUCAGGUAUUUGUACCACCUAUUUACAUGCAUAUGGUUUGUUGAGGCAUUUGUGAGGGGUCAUAUUGGAUAA